UUGUGCAAAGAUGGCUGCACCGUGAGCGCAGAGGAGGAGGAGGCGGCGGCGGCGGCGGCGAGAGAGCGAGCACCCAGCGCCUGCACCCACCCCGGGGCCGCCCGGGACGCCCCCUCCCGAGCGCGCUCCCCCUCUUCUCUCUUGCAAGCGCGGGGGCAAAGGCGGAGACAGCGGGGUCCCUCCCCCCCUUUCCCUCCUCCAGGGGGAACCCCCCUUCCCCCCUUCUUGGCUCAGCGGCUGCACCCUCUCCCUUGCCCGCCCCUCGGUCCCUGCCCCCUCCCUCCCCCGCCCGGGGCCUUCCCGGGCCUUCGGCGGCUGCAAAGAAAAAGAGCGAGAGAAAAGGGGGAAAAAAAAAAGCAGCGGAGGGAGCGGCGGCGGAGGAGAGCGCGCGCGCGCCCCCUCCUUUCCCCCUCCCUCCCCCUCCCCCCAAUUUCCACCGCGGCCAAUUCAUGGACAGGAACUACCCCAGCGCCGGCUUCGGGGACCCGCUCGGCGCCGGGGCGGGAUGGAGUUACGAGAGGUCAGCGAAAGCUAGCUUGGUCUAUGGCAGCUCCAGGACCUCGCACCCCGAGACGGACAUCUUACACCGCCAGGCCUAUGCGGCCCCCCACCCACUGCAAAGCUAUGCCACCAACCACCACCCGGCAGGCCUCUCUGGACUCUUCGACACUGGCCUCCACCACGCAGGCUCAGCAGGGCCCGACGCCUCCGUCAUGAACCUCAUUUCUGCCCUGGAGUCCCGGGGCCCCCAGCCAGGCCCCUCUGCCUCCUCUCUCCUCUCCCAGUUCCGUAGUCCUUCCUGGCAAACAGCCAUGCACACACCAGGCCCCACGGAGCUCUUCAUCUCGGGUGCCCUACCGGCUUCCAGCACCUUUCCGUCCUCCUCUGCCCUGUCUGCCUACCAGCACCCAGCUUCCUUCGGCAGCCGUCCCUUUCCAGUACCUUCAUCCCUCAGCCUCCAGGACCCCCCAUUCAGUCCUCCUGCUAAUGGGCUCCUGUCCCCUCAUGAUGUGCUGCACCUGAAGCCCUCGCAGGCACCCACGGUACCCUCCUCGUUGGGCUUUGAGCGCCUGGCAGGGGGUGGUGUGCUGGGGCCUGCUGGCCUUGGCCCGGCCCAGACUCCCCCUUACCGCCCUGGCCCCCCAGAUCCACCCCCACCUCCCCGCCACCUCCCCACUCAGUUCAAUCUGCUGGCUUCCUCUUCCGCUGCCGCCGCUGCUGCCGCUGAACAGUCCUCCCCACAGCUCUACAACUUCUCGGGUGCUGCCCCAGGCCCACCGCCCCCUGAGCGGGCUCUGCCCCGCCAGGACACCGUCAUCAAGCACUACCAGCGACCAGCCAGUGCCCAGCCCCCACCACCUCCGCCACCAGCCCAUGCCCUGCAGCACUACCUGAGUUGUGGAGGCAGCUACCCCUCCAUGGGCCACCGGGCCAACUUGGCCUGCAGUCCCCUGGGGGGUGGGGAGCCUUCCCCGGGCGCUGGUGAACCUAGCAAGGCAGGUCCCAGUGGAGCCACGGCUGGAACGUCAGGUCGGGCCACGGGCCCUGAGGCAGCUGGGGGAGGUGGGGCUGGGGGUGGUGGUGGAGGUUACCGCCCCAUCAUUCAGUCGCCCGGUUAUAAGACAGGCAAAGGUGGUUAUGGAGCAGCUGCUGGGGGUGCCACCAGGCCCCCACCACCUCGCUCAACUGCCACACCUAAAUGCCAGAGCCUGGGUGGGCCAGCAGCAGCCUAUGCCACUGGGAAGACCUCUGGGGCGGGUGGGGCUGGGGGCCAGGCCUAUUCUCCUGGUCAGCCCCAAGGGCUCCUGGGACCACAGGCCUAUGGGCAGGGGUUUGGAGGGGGUCAAGCACAGGACUUGAGCAAAGGGCCCAGUUACUCAGGGGGUCCUCCACAGCCCCCUAGUGGCCCACCACCUCCUGGCCUAGCCACAUGUCAGAGUUACUCUCCAGAUCAGCUGCAGGGGCAACUCUACGGGGUGCAGGGAGAGCCUUACCCAGGCCCAGCUGCCCACUCCCAAGGGUUGCCCACAGCCAGCCCCUCGCUCAGCUAUAGUACCGGUCAUUCCCCAGCACUCUCAGGCCAUGGAGGUGGCUGGGGACCCAGCUCCUUGGGAGGUGGUGGGGAGGCCAGCCCUUCUCACAUCAUCCGUCCUCUCCAGUCGCCUCCUGCUACCGGCCGCCCGCCUGGAGUCGGCUCUCCAGGAGCCCCUGGCAAAUACCUGAGCUCAGUUUUGGCCUCAGCCCCGUUCCUGGCUCCCCCAGGAGCUGGUAGCUAUGCAACUGGAGCAGGUGGCUACAAGGGCAAGGGCGAUGGCUCUGAGCUGCUGGCCGGCCCUGGUGGGCCUCCUGCUGAGCGCACUGAGGAUGAGGAGUUCCUUAUCCAGCACCUCCUGCAGGCCCCCAGCCCACCUCGGACCUCAGGGGCAGAUGGCUUGGUGGGCGAGGAUGGGGCAGCAGAUGCCUCCAAGGGACUUGGGGGCAGUGGCGGAGCUGGGGGACCGCCAGGCACACCCUACGAGUUGGCCAAGGAAGACCCUCAGAGGUACCACUUGCAGAGUGUUAUCCGAACCAGCGCCAGCCUGGACGAAGGUGCCACUGCAGCCCUGGAGUUGGGCCUGGGGAGGCUGAAGGAGAAGAAGAAAGGGCCAGAACGGGCUGGCGAGACCCCUGAGGGACUGGCCACCUCAGUUGUCCACUAUGGGGCAGGAGCCAAGGAGCUGGGGGCCUUCUUGCAGAAGAGUCCACCACCCCCACCUCCUACUGCCCAGCCAGCCCAGCCCACCCCCCAUGGCCUCCUCCUGGAGGCUGGAGGCCCUGACCUCCCACUGGUGCUGCCUCCACCUCCCCCCCAGCUGCUCCCCUCAGUCCUCAGCCAUGCCCCUAGCCCCUCUCCCAGUGCCCCCAAAGUUGGUGUCCACCUCCUUGAACCAACCACCCGUGAUGGGGCACCCCAGCCACCCCCACCCCCACCUCCACCACCCAUACCCCUCCAGCUUGAGGCCCACCUGCGCAGCCAUGGCCUGGAGCCUGCAGCCCCCAGCCCUCGUCUCCGACCGGAGGAGAGCCUGGAGCCUCCAGGUGCCAUGCAAGAAUUGCUCGGGGCUCUGGAGCCACUGCCCCCAGGGCCUGGGGACACCGGUGUGGGCCCACCUAACUCGGAGGGCAAGGAUCCUGCGGGUGCCUAUCGAAGCCCCAGCCCACAAGGCCCCAAGGCCCCUCGCUUUGUGCCGCUCACCUCCAUCUGCUUCCCUGACUCUUUGCUCCAGGAUGAGGAGCGCAGCUUCUUCCCCACCAUGGAGGAGAUGUUUGGUGGCGGGGCAGCAGAUGACUAUGGCAAGACUGGGCAGCCAGAGGACGAGGGUGAUCCCAAGGCUGGUGCUGGCCCACCUCCAGGCCCCCCCACCUAUGACCCUUAUGGGCCCUACUGCCCGGCUCGGGCAUCUGGAGCUGGGCCUGAGACACCAGGCCUGGGUCUGGACCACAACAAGCCCCCAGAGCUGCCCUCCACGGUCAACGCUGAGCCACUGGGCCUGAUCCAGAGUGGGCCGCACCAGGCGGCGCCCCCACCCCCACCUCCUCCCCCACCGCCUCCACCACCUGCCUCGGAGCCCAAGGGUGGCCUCACCUCGCCCAUUUUCUGCUCAACCAAGCCAAAGAAGCUGCUCAAGACGUCCUCUUUCCACCUGCUGCGACGCCGCGACCCACCCUUCCAGACUCCCAAGAAGCUGUAUGCCCAGGAGUAUGAGUUUGAGGCCGAUGAGGACAAGGCUGAUGUGCCCGCAGACAUUCGCCUCAAUCCCCGGCGCCUGCCUGACCUGGUUUCCAGCUGCCGCUCCCGGCCGGCCCUGUCACCCCUGGGUGACAUCGACUUCUGCCCACCUAACCCAGGCCCUGAUGGCCCUCGGCGCCGAGGCCGCAAGCCCACCAAGGCGAAGCGAGAUGGUCCUCCCCGGCCCCGUGGUCGGCCCCGGAUCCGCCCACUGGAGGUCCCCACCACUGCUGGGCCAGCCUCAGCCUCCACAACCAGUGAUGGGGCCAAGAAACCACGGGGCAGAGGCCGGGGUAGGGGAAGAAAGGCUGAGGAGGCUGGGGGCACCCGGCUGGAGCCCCUGAAGCCACUUAAGAUCAAGUUGUCUGUGCCCAAGGCUGGUGAGGGGCUGGGAGCCUCGUCAGGUGAUGCCAUGUCAGGUGCUGACCACAACAGCCUGGACUCAAGCCUGACCCGGGAGAAGAUCGAGGCCAAGAUCAAAGAGGUGGAGGAGAAGCAACCAGAGAUGAAGUCAGGCUUCAUGGCCUCCUUCCUGGACUUCCUCAAGUCAGGCAAGCGUCACCCACCACUGUACCAAGCAGGCCUGACGCCCCCACUCAGUCCCCCCAAGAGCGUGCCACCUUCUGUGCCAGCCCGAGGCCUGCAGCCCCAGCCGCCUGCUGCACCCACCGUGCCACACCCACCACCUGCUGGCGCCUUUGGGCUGGGGGGUGCUCUGGAGGCCGCGGAGAGUGAGGGGCUGGGGCUGGGCUGCCCUUCUCCCUGCAAGCGACUGGAUGAGGAGCUGAAGCGGAACCUUGAGACACUGCCCUCUUUCUCCUCGGAUGAGGAAGACUCUGUGGCCAAGAACCGGGACCUACAGGAGAGCAUCUCGUCAGCCAUUUCUGCCCUUGAUGACCCACCCCUCGCUGGGCCUAAGGACACUUCCACCCCAGAGGGGCCGCCCUUGACCACUGCAUCUGCAGUCCCGGGGCCACCCCCUCUCCCUGGGCUCCCCAGUACCAACAGCAAUGGCACACCUGGUGAGCUCCAAGAAGAGCCCCCGUUGCUGGAGGAGAAACCCCCACCCUCCCCGCCUCCUGCCCCGGCGCCUCAGCCUCAGCCUCAGCCUCAGCCUCAGCCUCAGCCUCAACCUCAACCUCAGCCUCAACCUCAACCUCAACCUCAACCUCAACCUCCACCUCCACCACCCCCGCCUCCACCAGCGCCAGCGCCAGCCCCAGCCCCAGCCCUGCCCUCACCACCCCCACUGGUGGCCCCUGUGGCCAGCUCACCGCCUCCACCACAGCCACCACCGCAGCCAGCCCUGCCCUCGCCGCCGCCACCCCCACCCCCACCAGUUGCUGCCCUACCAGUUGCCCCUCCUGAGGAACCCGCUGCCCCGUCUCCUGAGGACCCUGAGCCGCCAGAUGCCCGGCCCCUGCACCUGGCCAAGAAGCAGGAGACAGCAGCUGUGUGUGGGGAGACCGAUGAGGAGGCUGGCGAGAGCGGCGGAGAGGGCAUCUUCAGGGAGCGGGACGAGUUUGUCAUCCGUGCUGAAGAUAUCCCUUCGCUCAAGCUGGCACUGCAGACAGGGCGCGAGCCCCCACCCAUCUGGCGAGUUCAGAAGGCGCUUCUGCAGAAAUUCACUCCAGAGAUCAAGGAUGGCCAGAGGCAGUUUUGUGCCACCAGUAACUAUUUGGGGUAUUUUGGUGAUGCGAAAAACCGGUACCAGCGCCUCUACGUAAAGUUUCUGGAAAACGUCAACAAGAAGGAUUACGUGAGGGUCUGUGCUCGGAAACCGUGGCACCGGCCCCCAGUGCCAGUCAGGCGCUCGGGGCAGGCGAAGGGCCCUCCAUCUGCAGGGGGCAGUGCUGCGCCUCUACCCAAGACCCCAGCACCACCUCCCAAGCCUGAGACCCCCGAGAAGGCAACAUCUGAGAAGCCCCCAGAGCAGAUGCCAGAGACAGCAGUCCCUGAGUCCCCUGCCCCUGAGAAGCCGUCCCCACCACGACCUGUGGAGAAGGAGAAGGAGAAGGAGAAGGAGAGGGUGACGCGGGGGGAGCGGCCAUCACGAGGCGAGCGGGCCACAGGCGGGCGGCAGGCACGGCCCGAGCGGAGCCUCACCACAGGACAGCCUGCCACCUCCCGGCUGCCCAAGGCGCGGCCCACCAAAGUCAAGGCUGAGCCCCCGCCUAAGAAGAGGAAGAAGUGGCUGAAGGAGGCUGCGGGCAAUGCCUUGGCUGGUGGGGGCCCACCAGGCAGCUCCUCCGACUCAGAGUCGUCCCCUGGCGCCCCCAGCGAGGAUGAGCGGGCUGUACCAGGGCGUCUGUUAAAGACCCGGGCAAUGCGUGAGAUGUACCGGAGCUACGUGGAGAUGUUGGUGAGCACAGCCCUCGACCCAGACAUGAUCCAGGCCCUGGAAGACACACAUGAUGAGCUGUACCUGCCACCCAUGCGGAAGAUCGAUGGCCUCCUGAACGAGCACAAGAAAAAAGUCCUGAAGCGGCUGUCACUGAGCCCGGCCCUGCAGGACGCCCUGCACACAUUCCCACAGCUGCAAGUAGAGCAGAGUGGGGAAGGCUCCCCCGAGGAGGGGGCGGUGCGGCUGCGGCCGGCUGGGGAACCCUACAACCGCAAGACGCUCAGCAAGCUCAAGAGGAGUGUGGUCCGAGCCCAGGAGUUCAAGGUUGAGCUGGAGAAAUCGGGAUACUACACACUCUACCAUUCACUCCACCACUAUAAAUACCACACCUUCCUGCGCUGCCGGGACCAGACCCUGGCCAUCGAGGGCGGUGCGGAGGACCUGGGCCAGGAGGAGGUGGUCCAGCAGUGUAUGCGGAACCAGCCAUGGCUGGAGCAGCUCUUUGACUCCUUCAGCGACCUGCUGGCCCAAGCACAGGCCCACAGCCGCUGCGGGUGACCCCACCCCACUUGGGGAGGGCACCUCCUCCCUGAACCGAAAAUUGUUACAGAACUGUGUCCUCAGGAGCUAACCCCUGGGCUCCGUUGCUGCCGGGAUACGGGGGGACACUGGUCAGGGUGUGUCCAUGCUGCACCCCCAGGGCAGGGUUCAGAGUUUGACUACCCCCUCUCCCGAGCCCUCUCUACUCCCUCCCCAUUCCUCCCACUGUUCGGUGUACAGAGAAAUUAUUUAUAUAUAUGUAUAAAUGUCUAUUUAGUAACGGUUUCCCUCUCCCCUUGUCCCAAUCCUCCACCUCCAUGGCCAUAGCCCCGCCCCCUCCACCUUGUACAUAAUGUAUAGGAAAAGUCUAUGUAUGGUUGAGGGGGGUGGGGUGGCUUCAGAGUGCUGGGGGAACCCCUCCCUCCCAAGCCCCUCAUACAGGCCAAGAUCUUUGCUAAAGGCCAUUCCCUCCCCAGGGCAUUCAGCGAUGGGUGGGAUGGGGAAAACGCAUCUUGUUAAUUAUUUUUAAUCUUAUUUAUUGUACAUACCUGGGGCAGGGUGGGGCUGGGGAGGUGGAGGGGGGAGAAGGUCCCUACCCUCUACCCCUCCCACUCCUUUUCUACAGCAGUUUGUCUGUGUCUGUCCCUCACCCACAGCCCCCUCCCAUUGUCAUCUGAAUGUGGUUCUAUUUUUUAAUCAGUCCCUCUUCCCUUCCUCCGCCCUCUGUCCUGGUCCCCACCCUUCCCCCACCACCCCUAGUCUCUUGCUCUUUCUUGGGCUUCUGUACAACUCACCUUGUAUACACUGUGUACACACAACCAGCCAAACAAAACCCAACGGCAAACA